UGUCGGCGUCGCGAUGUAUUUGUAGUGCCUUGUCGUUGAAAUAAUAUCGUAUUUGUUUUCUUCCUAAACAUGCGUAAUCUUUUAGUUUGAAAAUAAUUAUAAUUUGUUUAAGUGUAAGAAACUUUUAGUGAUAAAAUGUUGAAGUGUAAUAGUUUUAAUGUGUUGUGCUGGCUUGUGUUUCACUUAAUUUUAUUAGCCCUGACAAAGGAUAGCGCAGAUGCUCAAGUAAUACGAAGUCCCGCACCAGAGUUCAGUAGACAUAGAGUCGUGCGGCCGCUGGUGCAUCAUGCAAGAACAAAGAGGGAGAUCACGUCAACUAGGCAUACGGAGGGUAUGCAUCACCCAGAGCUGACGAUGACGGUAAACAUAGAUGGAGAAGAACAUGUCCUGGAUCUCCGGCUCAACCAAGAUCUAGUAUCUGGUGACCACAUAAUCAGCUAUCAGAAAGAUGGAAAGACGGUGCUGCAUAAACCUAAGAUAGAAGAACUUGAUAUAUGCCAGUAUUCUGGCACGGUAAGGGGCAAGAAGGGAUCUUGGGCUGCGGUAUCGACCUGUCACGGUGUUAGAGGCGUCAUACACGAUGGAAAACAAAUGAGAUAUAUUGAACCACAAGGAAAUGAAAUAGAUUCACAGCACUACAUCUACGAUCACUCUGAUCUCGAAACCGAUUUCCAUUGCGGGUACAGUGGGGGUGUCACCAAUAAUACGAAUUACGAUCCGGAACGAAUGAAGGAAUAUCAAAACGAGAAGAGCAAAGAAAAUAGUAGAAUACAUAGGUAUAAGCGCAAUAUCGAUGACACAGAAUUACGUGGACCUUUCAACGCAAAUAAAUUAUCACGAUACGUUGAAUUGGUUUUGGUCGCGGAUAAUAGAGAAUUCAGAGCGAAUGGCGAGAGCAUUACUACAAUACAUCGGCAGUUGAAGGACGUCGCCAAUAUCAUUAAUUCGGUGUAUGCCCCUUUAAAUAUUUUUAUAGCACUAGUCGGUGUGGUUGUAUGGACUGAGCGAGACGAAAUAAUCUUAGAAGAAGAUGGUGAUAAGACCCUCACACACUUUUUACACUACAGAAGAAAUAGAUUGUUGUAUACCAUACCGAAUGAUAACGCACAUUUAUUAACACGCCAAAAAUUUAAAAACGGAGUUGUAGGCAAAGCUCUAAAAGGUCCCAUAUGUACCUACCAGUUCUCCGGUGGCGUUGCCACCAAUCACUCGGAGGUGAUAGGUCUGGUGGCCACGACAAUCGCUCACGAAAUGGGUCACAACUUCGGUAUGGAACACGACACGGAAACAGAUUGCAGCUGUCCCGAUGAAAAGUGUAUAAUGAGCCCCUCGAGUACUUCUGUCACGCCUACACAUUGGUCUUCCUGCAGUCUUCGGUCCUUAGCGCUUUCCUUUGAAAGAGGCAUGGAUUAUUGUUUACGCAACAAACCAAAGCGUCUCUUCGAUUCACCAACAUGCGGCAACGGGUUCGUGGAGCCGGGCGAGCAGUGCGACUGCGGACUCAACGGCAGCGCCGCGUGUCUCGCCUGCUGUCACCCGCACGCCUGCGUGCUGCGCUCCAACGCGACCUGCGCCGUGGGCGAGUGCUGCGACCCGCAGACGUGUCGGCCAAAAUCUGCGGGUACGGUUUGUCGAUCGGCUGACAAAGAGUGCGAUUUGCCCGAAUACUGCAGCGGGUACUCCGAGUUCUGUCCGAGAGAUGUGUACAAGAUGGACACCACUCCUUGCUCCAAUAAUGAGGCUUACUGCGUUCGCGGCUCGUGUCGUACGCACACGGACCAGUGCCGGCUGCUAUGGGGUUCCACCGGCGCGAUGUCGGACAUACGGUGUUACAAUACUUCUAACGUAAAGGGCGACAAGAAAGGAAAUUGCGGCUACCAGCGAGGCGACCAGCCCGAAUACUAUCGGUGCGCAAGAGAAGACGUUCUGUGCGGUCUGUUGCAAUGCAAACAUCUCAACGAGAGAUUGGAGUUCGGUAUGGAGUCGGUCUCGUCUCUCUCGGCGGUCUUCAUAAACAAUAAUGGUACCAUACUGACAUGCCGUACUGCGAUGAUAGAUCUGGGUCUUUCGGAAGUGGAUCCUGGAAUGGUGCCCGAUGGCGCAAAAUGUGGAGAAGACAAGAUGUGUCUGAAUCAAAAGUGCGUGCCAGUAGCGGGAGUCGUUGAAGUCAUAUCGCAAAAGCAAAACUCCGUUUGUCCUUCCAACUGCUCGGGACACGGCGUCUGUAACUCGGAAGGAAAUUGUCAUUGCGAGCCCGGCUUCGCUCCACCACUGUGCGCUCUACCAGGACCAGGAGGUUCUAUCGAUUCCGGUCCAGCCACCGAUUCCAGCAUUCAACGAAACUUCAUGGUGGCGAUGUACGUCAUAUUCCUCUGCAUCGUACCGGCAAUUCUUCUGAUAAUGUUCCUGAUGUACUAUUCAAGGCACAACGUUCUCACUUGGUGGAAGAAACCAAGAAAGACAGUCCAAUCUCCAAAGAAGAACAGCUUGCAACGUCGUCUUUCGAGAAGCGCAAGUAAAUUCGCUGCCAAUUUCCAAAGUAACACACAAAACAAUCAACAACCCGUCAAUGUUCAUACUCUCUCUAAUCCUGACGAUAUGAGUUCGAGUCUUCUAAGAAGCGACUCUGACCGUAGUCCAUCCGGUAAUAUCAAUCCGUCUGUUAACUUUUUUGGUAAUUUCAAAGGAUUUUCUUUAACGCCGAUCGAUAAAAAUCAACCGCAAACAGAUAAAGAUAGCAAAAAAGUUGACAAUGUCACGAAAAGUGCCAAAAUAACUCCUGUGCGUAGAAGUGGAAGUAGCAGUCAGAAUCUUAGUCAGAGUGCUCUUAAACCAGUUUUGCGUUCAGCUCCACCUUUACCUGUGGUACCGACGACGACGAAAUCUAGUCCGAAAAGUAGUCCCUCUGUUAAAAGAACCAAUAGUUCUGUACAAAACAGGAUUAAAGCCUUAAUAGGCUCUGAUAAAUCCGAAGAGAUUCCAGUACAGUCUAAUUCAAUUUCUAGACCAGUAAUAUCGAGUCCAAUUCUGGAAGCAUCUACUUGUACCGCUAAAGAGUUAAUUUCACCACUUCAGGGAUCGAAAACAUUGGGACCUAUACGCGCAGCCCCGACCGUGCCAAGUUUUUCACCAGAUUUACCCAAACGACCCUUAAGUAUGCACUCUGGUGGUAAUGUCCCUCAAAAGCCGCUUCCCGAGGAACCUAAAAAGGUCAAAGAAGGUAUUUCUCUCAAUAGAAUUGCUUCAUUUCUAAAGAACGAUAAAACUAAAGAAAAGGAACGUAAACCCGUAGAAAGAAGUCACUCUUUACCAAAAAAUGCAAAUAAUCAAUUAAAGAUUGCGAAAGUAGAUAAGGCUGCUCUGAGGAAUUUGCAAAUAUCUAAUCCGAUUUUGCAAAAAGAUAUCGAACUAUCUGUUAACACUGUACCAGUAGUUUCUGAUUCUGAAGAUGUCGACGACCAGAAAGCUUUCGUCAAUAGAGCUCAAAGCAUGCGAGCGCCUGCAGUACAGAAACCAGCAAUACAGAGUUUUGGCUCUAUGAGACAAUCACCCGGAGUAGCGAGGCCUUUGUCUUGUGUUGGAAGGCCAACAGCUCCCCCUCCGCCAUUACCUAAUCAAUCUAAAAUCAAUGACGAGAAAAAUCCAAUAUACCAAAAUCCGAAAAUACAAACAGAAAUAAAAUCUACGGAUUACGUCGAUUGCAUAGAAGAAAAAGCAGCACCACUUGCUCAUAUUGACGAAGAGUCUGGUGAUAAUAUUUACGCUAUUAUAGAAGAAAGUCCUGAAAAACACUAUAAACCUCUACCUGGUAGCUUACCUCCAAAAACAAUAACGGCUCCUGUUGAAGAAUACAACGUCCCGAAACCCAUUACUUCUAACUCAGGAAGUACUGAAAGCAUGGGUCUACUCGGAGAAAUCGUUAACGAGAUUCAAAAUCGCAACUUUGAAUCUAUAUAUUCCGCGUCAACGCUAUCAAGAAAGAAAGAAAAGGAAAAUAAAAAAAAUGCCGAUAACAGUAGAGACAGCACGUACAUGAACACAGAUUACAAUAGGCCAGAGAGUGUGUACAAUAACUCCGGAGCGAAAUCAAGCGCAGCGUCAACCACCAGCAGUGGUUAUUUGCAUCCUUCUGCGGUAAAUAUACCCACGUAUAUGCAAAAACAGAAUGAUGCUAAGGUAGAAAUCGAAAAACCACCAUCUCCAACUCUAAAAGUGAACUCGAAAAUUCCAACUUUUUCAAGACAAGUGACUCCGCCGGGUCUUAGAAGUACAUCGACAUUUAAAGCCGUCCCACAAUCGCCAAAAUCUGUAACUAAAAAUAUAAACACACUUAAAACUAUACCCAAUAGUCCGGAUCUAGUUUCAAGUUGCGCUGUCGCAGAUACAAAGAACGUUAAAGCGCCAGACGUGAUUAAUAAUAAUAAAUCGAUAGAACCACCAAAAUUAGCAACAAAACCGACAACGGUGGCUAAACCUAAUGAUAAUCGACCUCCUUUAAGACCAGCGCCUUCAGUCGAGAAGAAACAAACUAUUAAAACAACACCAGUAUUAAAAUCCGUCAAUUCAUCAUCGAAUAUUAAUAAUAAAGUUGAUAAAAAUCCGCCCUUAAACCGAACUAAUUCGAAAACUGAUUCUAAUGUUAAGGCAAUAGCGGAUAGCUUAAAUAAGAAUCGACCAAAAAUCGUACCAAAACCGAGUACGAUAUUACAAAAGACUGAUUCGAAUGUAAAGACGAACGCAACGAGGCUGUCCGCGAAACCGUCUAACGUUGCUAGUUUGCAGCAAAAAUUCGAAAAUAGAAAAUCAUUAGGAAAAGAGAUUACAGCGAAAAAAUAAAUUUAAUAUAAUUAUUAAGAUUUUGAAAUCUACUUGAAGCACAUCGUCUCAUUGAAGCAAAUAUAAGUUAUUUUACAAAACCGUAGAUAUUAGUGUAUGUAAUGACUUUAUUGUGAUUAUAGUUAGAUGACGUUUCUCUUAAAGUUGAGGAUAUGAAACGGUAUUUUCUGGAAUGUUAUUAAAGCUUUAUCGUAGCUAGAUAAAUAUGCAGCUGUAUGUAUACAAAAAGUAAUAUCUAGUCGAUUAACUGUUAGAACCAUUCAUUUAUGUGUACAUAGUUUUAAAUACAGAAUAUGUAUACAAUAGUAACACGGAAAAUUAACAAUUAUCAAAACCAUAGACAAUGUUUUGUUAUGAACGUAAAAAAAAUAAUAUCAGAGCAAUUUUCAUUGAUAUGAAAUUUAUUUCUAUCGAGAGUCCCAUUAUAUGUUAAAUCAAAACUAAUCAAAUAGAUAAUCCAUCAAAUAAAAUUAUCUGUUGCAAGUAAAUCAUUUGAUUAAGUCAAUAAUUAAAACCUUUUUAUUUCAUUGUUAUUUUCAAAAAUAUAGUAUGCGUAAUAAGUUUCAGCAUUGUAAAACAGUGAUUUUGUAAGACAUUGGCAAUGAUAGUUGCGAUUUAGUGAAAGGGAAGAAUUAAUAAUAAGUAGUAGUACUUUUUAAAUUUUACUGGACACAGUAAGAUUUGAAAAGUACUACUACUACUACUACUGGUGAAAUUAUAAUAUCACGGUUUUUCCAAUUACCUAAAAAUAAAUAUAAAGAGUAAAGACUCGUAUAUCUAUCAGUAUAAAAAUCUUAACUGAAUUCCGAAUAACAACCAACACAAUUUUUGUCUAUGGAGUUUGAUUAAAAGCUAAAAUUUUGUCAUUGAUGGUAUAUAAUAUUAUUAAAAAAACACAAGGUUGAAGAUUUAAGUUAUCGAAUUAAAGUGUUCAUAUUUUGAUAUGGAAAGGCAUUUUGAAUUAUAGCUAAUUUACUACAGUUAAUUUAGUAAGUAUGUGUAUAUAAUUUAGUUAUAAACAUUAUACGGAUUACGCUGAAAUUUUAUUAUAAGUUUUGAACUAAAAAAUCCAUAAUAUAAGGCUUUUGUAAAUAAUCCCUUUUACUAUUAGUUAAAUCGAUCAAAGUGUCUUAAUCGUAAAUAGAAUAAAUUAAUUUGUAUUUUUAUAAAGAUUAUAGAUAAUAUUUAAUCAUUUGUAUAAAGAUAAAUAAUGAGUGAUUGUUGUCAUAUACAAAAAAAAAAAGUAUAAAUCUUUUUGUGAAAAUGAAAUAGAUGAAUGACUAUUCCGCAAAUGGUGCUAGAAAUAGUGUGUGAUAAAUAUAGCUUACAUUGUUACAGACAAAAAUAUUCAGGUCAUUGCUGGGAAUUAUUGAAUCUAAUACGCAAUAUUUAAUAAUUAUUUAAAUUUAGUUUCUUUUUACGCUAGCAUGUUUAAUAGUAAGUUUUAUGUAUAUUUCAAUCACACUUAAGAAAUUUUCAUCGACACUCUAUCGUAGAAGUCCAGUAAUGACCUUGAAUAUUUUAAUGCAAUAAUUUUUAAUAUACAGAACGCUAAACGUCCAUUUACCCACUGCCAGCUUGGUACAAAUAUGUGGUGCUGAUUCGUCGCAAAUGCAAUAAUGUGUUAUGAGAGAAAGAUGAAAGCAGUAAAUAGUGUUGUAUUACAUCCAUAUUAUAUGUUGUGAUAUUUAAAUAUGAAAUUUAUUGUAAACGUAUAACAGUAAAUUUUGGAUUACACUCUUCAAUGAUUUGUUAUUUUGUAUGUUUGCCGAUUUUUGCCGGUAUCUGUGCAGAUAUUGACGCCUGCUCAUUUUAGAUAUGCAUUAUAAAUAAUGUAUCAUUUCCUCUUCUAAGUGAAACUCAUAAAGAUAUAUACUAAGUUCGUAUUCAAAAUUUUAUUGAUUUUGUAAUUCGACCGCACCGACCAUCGACAGACCGUGUUAUAUUCAUCUUAAAUUAGCGACUACUACUACGUACUAGGCAAGUCAUUAGGAAAGGGCUGAAUUUAAUUAUAAAGAAACAUCAAAAUCAUGAAGUACUCAAUAUCUGAUAUUAAUUACAAAAUUAAGUGCUAAUAAUUUAUAUCACAGAGUGCAAUUCACAAUUUAAGAUUAUUCAGUCGCAUUGCAUCUAGUUGAGAUAGUAAUAAAUAGUCAUUUAUAUAAUAUUAUAAAACCAACGUUGGUGCAAAUAUUCGUUCAAAUUUUUCGUGACCUUGAAAUAUCUGGCGAUAAUAUAAGGGAUAUCCCUGAUAAACUCCAUUACUGGGCAUCAUCUGACAAGUAAUGAAUAAAUGUAUAUGUUUUGAAAUAUUCAGCAAAGAUUUUUUCAUCAAUUUAUUUGGCUUUAUGUUUGCACUAAUAGUUAAUAAUUAAAAUUCUACUUACUAUAGAAAUUAGAUUUUUUUAUAUUUUAUAAUUUUCACGAUAAUUUUCUGUCAUAUAAUUUUGUGAUGAUUAAUGAGUUCAGAAAGUACAUUUAUUGUUAUUGUUAGUAGAACCAAAGAAAAUUAAUUAUUAGAAAUAUUUGAGUUUUUGAAUUGUAUUAAACUGAAUGUGUUAUGUAUUGAAAUGAACUAGAUUUAAUUUUUUUACCGAGACUGCAAAUUUUGUCAGAAUUUAAUUUUUUUUUCUUACCUAGCUGAAAUAUAAAAGGUAAUGUAUUUAAGUAAGGGAUUUCAUUAGUUAUAGCUUAUUAAAUGAACAUAGCGAUAUUUUAUUUGCGUAUGAAUAAAUGCAAUUUGCUAAA